CCAGCACAGCACACUGCAAAAGACCAGCCAGUAUUCAACAUGCCGCAGGCUCAGGUGAACACUUUCGGACCCGUGGACUACGUGGUGUUUGCUGGGACUUUGGUUGUCUCUGCCAGCAUAGGUAUAUACCAGGCGUUCACUGGCGGACGUCAGAGAACGACCACCGAAUUUUUGAUGGCCAACAGACAGAUGGGGGCAAUACCCGCAGCCAUGUCUUUGCUGGCCAGUUUCAUGUCCGCCAUAACGUUGCUAGGGACGCCUAAAGAGAUGUACGUAUAUGGAACGCAGUACCUGUGGAUAGCCUUUGGCUACUUAUUGGUCAUCCCCGUGGCCGCGCACAUCUUUCUCCCCAUAUUUUUCCGACUAAAGAUUACCAGCGCAUAUGAGUAUCUCGAAAUGCGUUUCAACAAAGCCGUGCGUGUAGCCGGAUCACUAACGUUCAGCCUGCAGAUGAUUCUUUACAUGGCGAUAGUUCUGUAUGCACCUUCGUUGGCGUUAGAACAAGUGACCGGUUUAAACCGCUGGAUUGCUGUCUGUUCAGUUGGCGUCGUCUGUGUUUUCUACACCAGCAUUGGUGGUAUGAAAGCAGUCAUGUGGACAGAUACAUUCCAAGUUUUCAUGAUGGUAGCCGGAAUGCUUGCUGUAGUCAUUCAGGGAUCCUUGGAAUUAGGGGGAUUUCGGAACGCUUGGGAAAUUAACAUAAAAGGAGGCCGAAUAAACUUCCUUGACUUCAACCCAGAUCCCCGUGAGCGGCACACAGUGUGGACAUGUGUGUUUGGUGGGUUCUUUACCUGGCUGUCUGUGUACGGUGUCAACCAGGCUCAGGUACAGAGAGCUCUCACAGUGGUCGACCUCAAGAGAGCACAGAUAGCCAUGUGGAUAAACGCGCCAGGUUUGAUCGCCAUUCUGAUCAUCAGCGCCAUGUCCGGUAUCCUGAUCUAUGCCCACUACUUCGACUGUGACCCAAUGACAAAUAAAGACAUCACCAACCAGGAUCAGCUGCUGCCGCUGUUCGUGAUGGACAAGCUAGCCUUCGUACCUGGUUUACCUGGCCUCUUUACUGCCUGCCUCUUCAGCGGAGCGCUCAGCACCCUAUCGUCCGGACUGAACAGCCUGGCCACGGUCUGGACACGUGAUCUGUUCCAGGAAUUCUGCUGUAAAGAGAUGCCUGACAGUAGGGCGACUUUUACGUCUAAGAUUAUGUCUGUUGUAUUCGGUUGUAUAGUAAUUGGUUUGACGUUUGUAGCGUCCCAAUUAGGAGGUGUGCUGCAGGCAGCUCUUGCAUUGUUUGGUAUGAUCGGUGGUCCUCUACUAGGAGUUUUCACUCUGGGAGUUCUUUUCCCUUGGGCUAACUGGAAGGGUGCGAUAGCCGGCCUUGUCACCAGUCUUCUCUUCACUUUCUGGAUCGGCAUCGGCGCCCAGAUUUACAAACCCGCCGUCUGGAAAGCACCUGGUGCGAUAACCGGCCUUGUCACCAGUCUUCUCCUCACUUUCUGGAUCGGUAUCGGCGCCCAGAUUUACAAACCUGCCGUCUGGAAAGCGCCUGUAUCCAUCUUAGGUUGUAACGCUGUGAAUGAAACGGUUUCCAAUGUGACAACAGCUGUAAUGAUCAAUGUGACACCUAUGCCCACUGCAGCACCUUAUGAUCCCCCGCUGAAUGGCCUGUAUAACUUGUCGUACCUGUGGUACAGUGGCUUUGGAGUACUGGUGGUUGUGGUGGUUGGUAUGGUUGUCAGCGCUAUUACAGGGUUCACUGACACGACCAUGUUAGACUACAGGCUGAUAUGUCCAAUAUUUGAUGUCAUGUUUUGCUGCUUUCCAAAGUCUUUUCGUCAAGCGCUUCGCUGUGGAGUAGACCAUGAUACGACCAAAUUUCAUUAUUGCUGUGUAUGUAAAGACGUGGACAAAGAAGACAUCUCAGCUGAAGCUAUCACCGCUGCUGAACUUGGUGAAACUAAAGAUGAAGGUUUUGACAAUAAAGCCAUGAAGACGAAGGAGCUGGAAGCCAAUCAGACUAAUGGAAUAAUGAAAAAUGAGAAUGAUUUAGAUUUGAAGAAGGAGACCCAAAUAUAAUCUGAUCAUCAAAGCCGUAGUUAUUUUGGAUAAGAAUUUCACGUGACGUUACAUUUUUUUCAAUCAACAGCUGAUAUUGAAAUUGUUAACCUCCAAUAUUUCUUGAUGAAGAUG